UUCAACGGAAAUUAUGGGUAGAACUGGUAGAAAAGCCGCUAUACUCCAACUGUCACUGAAGCAAAACUCAAACAAGAAACCAUCCACAUAUUUGAUAUUUCCCGGUAAAACAGAAAAAAAAAAAGAACAGAAAAUCCCCCGUAUAAAAUUCAGAAUUUGCAAUCCAGAUUCAAAAUUUCCUUCUGCAUGUGAAUAAGGAAGAAAAAUCGAUUCACUUCUCGAUCGCUUCUCUGAGUCUCCAUCUCUUUUCGGGAACGCAAGAGAAGAUGAGCAGUCUCAGAGCAAUAUGUCGGCCUCACAUGGUAUUCUCUUCCUUCAUGUGUUGCAGAAACCAAGCUCGAUUAGCUCUCCCUUUUCGAAACAACUGCAGCUAUAAAUCUGGGGUUUCUUCCCUAUCAUCGUUCUCUCCUUGGUUUGAUACCUCCGAUGUUCUGAGAAACUAUUCAGCGUACCGUGUGAAUUCCAGGAGAACACUCGUUAGGGCGACGAAAUGGACUGAUGAGAAAUCUCCGUAUGAAACUCUUGUGCUGGAAAGGGAUGCUGAUGAAGAGAAAAUAAAGUCUGCUUACAGACGCUUAGCGAAAUAUUAUCACCCAGAUGUGUAUGAUGGAAGGGGGACUCUCGAGGAAGGGGAAACGGCUGAAAGUCGGUUCAUUAAGAUUCAAGCAGCUUAUGAGUUGCUCAUAGACGAGGAAAAGCGAAGACAAUAUGACAAUGAUCAUCGUGUCAAUCCAUUGAAGGCUUCUCAAGCAUGGAUGGAGUGGCUUAUUAAAAAACGAAAGGCUUUUGAUCAGCGUGGUGAUAUGGCGAUUUCAGCUUGGGCUGAGAUGCAGCAGCGUGAGAUGAAUCUUCGUGCACGACGUCUCUCUCGUUCAAAGAUUGAUCCAGAGGAAGAGAGGAGGAUCCUGGCAAAAGAGAAAAAGGCAUCUAUGGAGAAUUUCUCAAAUACUCUUAGGCGACAUACACUGGUCCUCAAGAAAAGGGAUCUAAUGCGGAAAAAGGCAGAAGAUGAAAAGAAAAAGGUCAUUUCUCAGCUUUUAGCUGCAGAAGGGCUUGAACUUGAUACAGAUGAUGAUACAUUGUAGACUAUUUGCUGAAUAUUGGUUCCUAUUGUAAAUAAGCACUUCCAUGGAUUUGGCUCCCCAAGAAAUAUGGUGUUUCUGGUGGGUGAUUCAUAUUCCUGUUGUACACAACUGUAUAUAUUAUUCUUUCUGGAUACUUUAGAAAGA